UGUCACUCCCAAUAGUUUCAAUUCAGCAGACCUACAUAACGAUAACGAAAUGAAUAAAGUGAUAAUUCUCUCGAUGUUUAUUUUCGCCACUGUUCAGGCAGGGCUUAAUAGCUUGAAUCCUGGAAGAUAUCAAACGUAUAAUACUUACGGGAGCUUUCCUCGUGGAAAUUCACAGCAGACACCAGGAACUCAAGUAAAUUUUCCAAGUUCAUCCCAAGGUACACAAUCGUAUGAUCCUCGCGUUGGGCAACAGAUGACACAAUACGGUGCGCAACAACCCACGAAUCAAGUAACGUACCCAAGCCUUUCCAUGCAAAACAAUGGAAGAAGUAAUUUUCCAAACCAAAGAUACUAAGGCCUUCCGAUUAUUGUAACAAAAAGGAUUUUAUUAAAAUUUAAAAGCUCUGGAAUCACGUAUAAAAUUAUAUUACACUAAAUGAAAAUUUUUA